GUGGAGGUGGGUGGACAGGCGGCCCUGAGGUUGGGCACAUCCUUGGAGGCUCACGGUGCUGGAGGUGGCCUGUGUGACCUGGAUUGGUGGAAGGAGAGCCAGGUGGUGUCUCUGCCUUUCUGAGAGGUCCUCUGCUGGGAGGGGCAGAGGGUGGAGUGAUGGAGGGGUCUGUUACCCCUCAGGCCACCCAGCUUCUCCCCACCUGGGUGCUCAGGGGUCACAUGUCCAUAGAGUGUCAAUAGCUGACCAGGGUCACACUCCCAUUCUGCAAAGGAAGAAAUUGAGACCCAGAGGCAAAUAGUGGGCUGGGAGCCUGGCCUGGGAGACCCUGGUAGAUGCCCCCAGCCCCGUGGAAACCUCCUGCUGAGGAAGCACCACAAUCGCCCCUUCACGCUGAAUUCGCCCUGCUUUCACUCCCCAGGGCUCUGCUGACACAGAUCUCACUGGGGUGCCUGUGAAGACUGGACGUGAGCCCAUCGGGGGCACGGGCGUGAUGUCGGCCCAGAAGCUUGUGGCCUGCCUCUGCCAGGAAGGGGACCAGCACCUUGCCCUGGGGGAGCCCCUGCUGGCCACCGCCUUCUACCUGGCUGCCUUCAGCUGCCACGCCCCCUCGGCGGUGCGGAGGGUCCGAGCUGCCCUGGCCGAGGCUCAUGAGGCACCCGUGGUGGCCACCCUGGAGGCCUGGUGCCGUGGUGACAGCCAGAUCCCGGCCAUCCACUGGGACGGUAUGGCGGUGGUCUCCCUGACGGGGAGCCUGGCCUCCGCCUUCCUGGCCGCCCUCUGCCCGGACCACCCGGCCGCAGUCCUGCACUCCCUGGCCAGCCUGCUGGUGCACGGCCGCCACGGGGAGGUGGUGCAGCGCUGUGGCGCCCUGCUGGACGCUCACUCCCAGCAAACCCUGGAGCUGCGGCUGACCCGCGCCCUGGCCUGGGUCCUGUCCGGGACGCAGGUGGACGCCGGCGUGGCCGACUACCUCCAGGCCUUUGCCUUGAGUGCCGACCGGACUGUGGCCUUCGUCCGCACCCACCAGCAGCCCUACCUCCCCGUGCUGGUCAGCACCCUCCAGGACUCCAUCUCGGGGCGCCAGGAGGCCGGGGACAGCGCCAGCCGGCAGGAGACCGACUGCCAGAGACUCCUGGCAGCCCUGGCCCCCAGUGGCACCUGGAGCGACGUCCUGUCUCCCGAAGCUUUGCUCCUCCGUGGCAGGUACGCGGACUGCCGGGCAGCAUGCAGCCGGGCCCUUGAGUCCGAGCCGCCGGGCAGCAGACCGCAAGGUGAGCAUCUGGCCGCCCUGCUGGUCACCCGGGCAGCCGCGGCCUUCCUCUUGGACCGCGGGGCUCAGGACCUGCUUCGGGACCUGCACGGGGCCUUCCGCGAGAGCCCCUCGGGGGCGCGCAAGCAGUUGGAGACCUUGCUGUCGGCUGGGGACCGGGAGCGCCUGCGGGCCCAGGUGCAGGAGGCCGCAGACGUCGGCUUCGCCCAUUUCCAGGAGGUCGUGCGGAGCCGCGCCGAGCUCCGCGAGGACUCCGGCCGCGAGCUGCUGGCCCCGGUGGCCCGUGCGCUCCGCGUCCUGCGGCGUGUGGCGCCGCCCGGGGCGCGGCCGGCACUGGGCGCCCGCCUAGCCGAGUGCCUGCUUCUGGCCGGGGACGCGGCGGGCGCCCGGGCGCUGUGCGAGCGCCUGCUGAGGCCCGCGCUCCCCGGGGACCGUGCGCCCCUGCUGGCGCUGCGCGGCUUCUGCGCGCUGCACGCUGGCGACGCGCGGUGCGCCCGGGAGGACUUCCAGGCGGUGGUGGAGCAGGGGCCGCCGCACCCGAACGGCUGCGUGCGUGCUCUGUGCGGCCGCGGGCUGCUGCGGGUGCUUUCGGGCAGCGCGUUCCUGGGCGCGCUGGACUAUGUCACCGCCUGCCGGCUGCGGCCGGAGGAGACUCUGCUCGUCGCCAAGGCCUACGUGCCCUGGAACCAGCGAGGGUUGCUGCUGACGGUUCUGCGGGAGGAGGGCCGCCGGAUGCUGGAGCGGAAGCUGGACCUGGGACCCGGGGGCGCGCCGGGCUGCCGGAGUAAGGCCGCGGAGAUGGACAGCCCCGCUGCGCAGGAAGGGGAUGCCCAUGGUGUGCACCAGCUGGCCAUGCUUUUGAUGGAGCUGGAUGCAGAAGACGAGGCUUCACGCCUCCUGGCAGCUGAUGCCCUGUACCGCCUGGGCCACCUGGACGACGCCCAUAAGGCACUCCUGGUGGCCCUCUCCCGGAGGCCCCAGGCGGCCCCUGUGCUGGUGCGGCUGGCCCUGCUGCAGUUGCGAAGAGGCUUCUUCUACGACGCCAACCAGCUGGUGAAGAAGGUAGUCCAGUCUGGGGACACAGCGUGCCUCCAGCCCACCCUGGACGUCUUCCGCCAUGAAGACCGGCAGCUGCUGCAGGGCCACUGCCAUGCGAGGGCCCUGGCCAUCCUGCGGGGGGCGCCAAGCGGGGCCGAGGGUGGAGCCCAUACCAGGGAGGCCAUCGCCUACCUCUCUUUGGCCAUCUUCUCCGCAGGGGGUCAGGCAACUGAGUCCCUGCUCACCCGUGCCCGCUGUUACGGGUUCCUGGGCCAGAAGAAGACCGCCAUGUUUGACUUCAACUCCGUGCUGCGGGCCGAGCCAGGGAACGUGCAGGCGCUGUGCGGACGGGCACUCCUGCACUUGGCCCUGGACCAGCAGAAGGAGGCUGUGGACGACAUCCUCUCAGCUCUGAAGCUCGACCUGACGACAGUGGUCCCUGAGAUCUGCUCUCUGAAGCCAGAGGCGCGGGCCCUCAUCACGCAGGGUCUGUCCUCCCGCUGCCGGGUCCUCCUGAGCCAGUCACUGGACACCGGGGCUCCCCUCAGUGACGAGGACACCCAGGGCCUCCUUGCCGCAGGGGAGGCACUGGUCAAAAUCGAUGCUGGGCAGCUGAGCUGGCACAUCCUCCUGGCAGACGUGCUCACUGCUGUGGGAAGCUAUGAGGAGGCUGGCGCCCGCCUGCAAAAAGCCCUACACCCCGCCCCGCCAUCAGAGCCUGCCCGAGCCCGGCGGGGCCUGCUCCGGCUCAAGAAGGGAGACGUGGUGGCUGCUGCGCGGGACCUGCAGUGCCUGGCGGAGACGGACGCCCGGGACCUCGGCUUCCUGCUGCAGCUCCUGGAGGCCUCGGAGAGGCAGAGCCUCGCCCAGGUCGCAGCCCAGGAAGCUGGCACCCUCCUGAGCUCAGGGCAGCCUGGGCAGGCGCUGGGCUACUGCUCGCUGGCCGUCCUGGCCGGUGGCGACAAUGCCUGGCACCUGCGUCUGCGGGCCGCCUGCCUGGCCGAGCUGCGGGACUUUGGCCGGGCUCUCGGGGACCUGGACCGCGUGCUCCAGGAAGGUUCCGGGGACAGCGACCUCCCAACGCGGGCAGAGGACCUCUGCUCCCGGGGCCGCCUGCUGCUGAGCCUGGGGGACGAGACUGGGGCUGCAGGGGCCUUCGCCCGGGCCCUCAAGCUGGCCCCCACCGUGGCCCAGAGCAGCCUGUGGGAGCGGCCGGGCCGGGCCCCUGCCGCCCAAGCCUUGCUGUGCCACGGGCAGCGCUGUCUGGAGGAUCGGCAGUAUGCAGAGGCCUGGACAGCAGCUGAGGGUGGCCUCCUGCUGGACCCCCAGCACCGCGGCCUCAGGAGGCUGAGGACUAGCAUCCGGAGGGAGGCGUCUGGCUGCCGGCUCCACUGACCGGGCUGCCUCCAGGCCCAGUUGUGGGGCUGCCCUGUCACUAUCACCUGAUGCCCGACCCUGCAGUGCACCCGCCCGAGUCACGCAGGUGCUCACCCCACACCCGGGGCUCGGGCUGCAGAGAGGCAGCCCUGGUUCUUGUCCCUGGCUUCUGACCUGCAGGUUGGGCAGGAAUGAGGCUGGAUCCCUGUAGCCCUGGGGAGAUGGAGCCGGCCUAGGAAGCCCUUCUCUGGGCGUGAAACGGCCCUUGACCUUGGCCUGACUCUCCGACUGGGUUCCUGCAGCACCUGGGCCUCCCUAAGGACAGAAGUCCCAAGCUGGGGCUUGUUUGCCAAGACCGGUGCUUUCAUCCAGGUCCUUCUCCAGGGAACCCAGUGCCUCAGGCUGCCACCCACGGCCUCAGCUGAUGUGGCUCCCCCCGCUACAGGCCCUUCCCCUGCCAAGCAGAGACUAGCUUGGGACCCCUAAUGAGCAGAGCAGCCAGACUUUUCUACUUGACUGACAUGGCAACACUGUAGGAAGGUAAAGGUGCUUCCCAGGUGGAUUAAACUCCCGCGCCUGUUUGCGGGGAAACCUCCCCCGGGGAGCAGAGGGGCCCAGCCUUGUCUCAUCAGCAUGGGUUCCUAGGGCCCAGGUCUGAGUUAUGCAGAUUUUCUCUGUGCUCAGGAACGAGAGCCGUGCUGCACAGGCUGCCUUGGGCAGGUCAGGACCCCACGCACCUUCCUGAGCUCUGCCUCUAGGGACAAGACCAGGCCACCCGGCCCAGGCUGCGCUCUGCUUUCUCAGCUCUUAAUUUGCUUCGUGCCUGGCUGCCCCCCUUCCUCUGCCCAGCACAGAUCCACCUGCUCUCUCAGCUCCACACCCACCUCCCACCCACCUCCUCCAUGGGCCCAGUCAGGGAGGUAGCCCCAGUCCUCGCACCAUCCCCAGGGAGCAGGGAGGGUAGCCAUACAGGGUUGGCAGCCCCCUUUCUCUGGCCAUGCCCUCCCCAUCACCCACCACGUGGGAGCCCUCAGCCCUCCCCACUGCCUUCGUCCUAUGGUGUCACCGAGCCCUGCUGGGCUGUGGCGCCUGGGGCUGAACAAGGGGCCAGUGCCUCCCACAGUGAGGACAAGGGCAGGGAGCCCAGAGAGUGGGGAGGGGACUCCAUGGGGGGCGCUGCAGCCCCAUUUCUCUACUUGCCUUCCCCACUGGGAUCCUCGAGCAGUUCCUGGUUCUCCAAGAUUUCCCAAUGCAGGGUCCUCACUAGGCCACUCCAUCCGUCCCCCCGUCUAUUCAUGUCCAUCCGUGCAUUCGUUGGCUCAACAAACAUCUGCCAAGAAGGCUGAGGCACCAGUGUGGGCCAGGUUCAGAGACGCGCGCAAGGGUCCACGUGGCUCAGAUGGGCCAUACGGCCCUAAGGCCCAGGGGUGAGACUAGGCCCAGGGGUGAGGACAGGCCCAGGGCCAAGGUCAACAGAGAAAGGCCAGCCCCUGGUGGCGGGAGGGCAGAGGCCAAGGGACGAGUCACCAGAGGCCCUCCCCACCCCCACGCCUGGUUUGCUCCUGCUGUCGUCCUCCCAAAAGUCCUGCCCCCGGCCUACUCUCAAGGCCAUGCGGGAGCUUGUCACACUGAGCGUGUGGGUGCCCCGCUCCACCUCAGUUCCUCCAGGCGGCCCCACCUCAGCUCACUGGGGUUUCUCUGUCCCCAAGGGGCAUCACCUCCCAUCCCACAGCUCGUGUCCCACCGUCUCAGGUCAGCCUUUGCUUGGCCCAGUCCUGCUCCCUCCGUCACCCACCUCUGCCCUGAAGGCAGGCUGCCAGCCCCUGAGCACAGGGGGAGGGUCUUAGUUCCCUGGGCUCCCCCCACCACUGCGUGGCUCCAGGACUGAGCAGGCUCCCUGAGCGCUGGAGGAUUCUAAGAUGUGAUUGAUGCAGUAACACUCUCCCCGGCCAAGAGCUGGGACAUUUCCAGGGCUGCCCAGGCCUCACCUGCUCCAGGAGCUGAUGCUCUUUGCAGAUUCACCUGCACUCCCUGCGCAGCCCCUGACCUGCUGUCCAGGGCCCCCUGCACCUCACUGCUGAGCUGGAGGCUGAGAACCCAGGCCCCAGUGUGCCCCGACAGGGGGUGUCCCACUCCUUGCAGCCUGGCUGCCCAGCCUCAUCUCUGCCCUUGUCACUGGGCACCAGGACUGCCCACAGAUGGGAGAGAAGCCGGGAAGGUGGAGCUAACUGCUAGUGAACAAGCUCACCACCAGCGGGUCGUAUGGCACUGCGUGUAUUUUCCCAAAGGUCUUCACAUACAUUAGUCCUUUCUUUCCCACCCUAGAGACCCUGUGAAGUAAGCCUCAUCGCAUUCUGAAAGCUGGGAAAGGUCCAAUAUUUGCCAAUCAAAGUUAGCCGGGGUGUCUAGGAGCCAUACCCAGGCUCCUGGCUCUCAGGGAGGGUUCUGCAGCAGAAGACAGCCCAGGGGGCCCUGCAGAGAGGGCCUCAUCCUCCCCAGCUCCAUGAGCAAAGUCUGUGCUGCCUCUCACCCUCCCUGUCUGCCCCAACGUUCAUCAGGGACAUUCCCACAUCCACCUUGUCUGCAGGUACAUGUGAGGGAUGGCUGCUACCCCAACCUCACGCGGUAGCACCCAGGGGGACAAACCAAGCAAGGCCUGGACAGCCUUCAGAGCAGAUGAAAAGGUGGAUCUAACUGACAUCAGUCGGACUCUUACCCCAGAAGAGAGGCUGCACCUGCUUUUCACAAAAUCACCACGUUUUAGGUUACCGGGAAAAUGUUCAUGAUAGGGUGUAGAUAGCAUUACCUAAUCUCAAGACGAUAAAGCCAGAAAUGAGCUUUUAAAAAUUCCCUGCAUGUGAAACAACUCUUGGGUCCAAGAGGAAACCAAAUCUGGAAUUGCAGAAUGUUGGAAAAAUAAUCACAGAAACAGUCCAGGGAAGCCCCUGUAGAGCCCAGCCACAGCAGAGGGAAGUUCUGGCCCCAGGUACCAAGGUUACUAAGCACGGAAAAUGACAAUGAGUGAAGUGUGUGCUCAAUUCAAGAGAUUAGAAAAAGACGAUUAACAGAGGAAAUCAAAGGCAGUAAUUAAUAAGGGUAAAAAGCAGAAACUUACUAGAAACAGAAAAAUGGAAGAACUAAUAAACCCAAAAUAUGAUUCGUCAAAAAUCAAAUAGAUGAACCAAGAGCUAACUUAAUCAAGAAAGAUGGGAAAAGCUCAAAGACACAAAAUUUUAAAAAGGGACAAGGACAAAAUAAACACAGGAGAUUUAAAGAAUCAUAAGAGGCUACUUUUCUCAAUUCCACGCAAAUAAAUUUGAAGGCCUGGAUGAAAUGGAUUCGUUCCUAGGAAAAUAUUAUUUAACUAAACUGACUGGAGAGUAGACCUGAAACUUGCACAAGGUGGUGACCUCGGAGGGAAGGAGAAGGCUGGUGAGGAGCUUCCCCCAAAGCAGGUCCAGGCUCAGGUGGUGUCGGGGAAUCUACAGGCCUUCAAAGAACGGUCGAUUCCAACUGGCUUUAAACUACUUCACAGCCAAGGAAAAAGAGAAAAGCUUCCGAGUUCUUUUUUGAAGGAAGUGUCAUCUCAACCAAGUGAAAACCACACGCCAAAUUCAUCUAUGAGUGACCAGUUCAAAAACCCUAAGUGAAAUACCAACAACCCUAAAUCCAACAGCAUGUUGAAAGAAUAACACACUGUGAGCAGUGUAGACAGGAAUGCAAGGAUGGUUCAGUGAGAAAUGUAUUCAUACAGUUUGUCACAGAAGGCAUGCUAAGGAGGAAGUGAGUCCUGUGACCCCUGUGGGGGGGCUGCAGUGGGAGGUACCGGUCACGCAUGAUGAAUCCUCUCCAACACGUCUGUCUCCCUACGCCUCGGGAUUCCUUCCUCUACAUUACACCAGGGACGUUCCAACAUCUCGGCUUAACUGUAGACAGCCUUCAGGCCCAGACUUCAUUCAACCAAGUGAACUGUUGGAGUCGCUCCGCAGUGCACGUGAGCCAACACAUUAAAUCCAGAUUCUCUGGUAGGUGCACCCGUAUCAUUAGAGCCAAGCCAAGCCAGUGCUCCAACACAGUGCCCUGCUGCGGUCCAACACCCGUACACUCCGUUCUCACGCACAAUUCCCAGGUUCCUUGGUCUGAAUUAAUGAAAUCUUGCAAUUGUCAGGGUAUA